GGUCUGUGGGUCAUUGAGUGCUUGCUUUGUCUUGCGACUGCGUGCAAGAGCUUGUGAAUUGAAACCUCGGAGCAAUUGAAUUGCUCCGAGAUUGAAACAGUUUCUUUCGUUAAUUCUAUGUGAUACGUUGUUGUUAGUUUCACUCCUUUUCCCGAAAAUGAGUAAACGAGGUGUUGUUUUACAUGGGAGAGCUCGAGAGAUUGUCUCCAACGUAGACAAGUACUUUGAGAGCGAGAAACAGCGCAAUUUAGAAUUGAUCGAACAAUUAAAGGCAGCAAGUAUACUUUCAGGGCCAGGAAAUAUAACUUUGAGUCGUGAUACGUACGCUGCCAUUUUGAAAACCCUGCAAAAUGCAAGUAAAGUAGCCGAGCGAGUUCAUUUGGCUACGGGGAUUAAUAAAAAUACAUUAACACGUAUUCGACGCGAGAAGAUAGAUACAAUGCGAUCCAACGAGUAAUAAUGUUCUGUGGAUCCAACUAAGAAUAGGACCGACUGAUCACCAUAUUGUGACGUAAUAGCCGUCAAUUCAAAACGGUUAGGUAGGGUCCAUGACUUCUUCUGAUCUUACCUAGUAAAUCUUCUUCUUUUUGGAAAGUAGAUUGGGGAAGAUUGGGGGCAUCGAAAUAAACGUCAAUGUGUCAGUCAGACAGAUGACAGAUUGUAGUACAUUGUCAAAUUCAGAAUCAGUAGAAAAGUUGUGUUUCGCAUCUUUUUACAGUAGAAUUUUAUUUUAUUUAUAUAUUUGAAUAACAAUGUAAAAGUUUUAUCUCGCUAAAAUGAAAGAGACACCGACAGAAGAAAAAACAGUGGAGGUGAAAGCCGCUCCUCGCUCUAAAAAACGUGUGGGAAGAUUUGUUGUGAUUAUUCUUCUUGCUGUGACCCUCGCCUUCUUCCAUUACUACUACUCAUGGACGUUAUUUGAGAACGACCGUAAUUUCUCCUACUUGUCCGAGUUGGAGCGGGAGAUGUCCCUACGUACAGAGAUGGGUUUCUACUACUCUUACUAUAAGACCUUGUCACAGGACUACCCGUUCACAGUAGGCGUUUCCAGGAUCAUGUAUGAUAACUUAGUUGAGCACCCAAAGGAGGUUAACGCUUUCAGCCGCUUCAAUAUACAUCCAGAGGUGAUCAUCGGCGCUUUGUACCGCUAUUUCGAGCCUUGGUUGAACACAACGGCUCACAUGGAGUGUCACAUAGUGUCUCGACCGGGAUAUGAACCGGUGGAAAGCUGCGUGGGCUUAGGUGUACCAUCACUGUUCUACCUGCAGCCGGUGUGGGCGUUGGCUGGUGUGGCAGCCGCCGCUGUGUUCCUACACGCCACGCUGAUUAGCGAGAGCAUCAUAGGUGGUCUCCUAGCCGUAAGCCAGUUGUUUGCAAACCAUUCUGAAGCGACUCGCGUACACUGGGCUCCCAAUGAAAGGGAGAACUUCGCGUGGCCGCUUCUGUUGAUGCAAGCGGUUCUUGUAUCCAUUCAGCUCAGGGAUAAAGGGAGGCAGACUACCCUACAAAUACAGCUCGGCGUGUUCUUCCUGAACUGGCUGUCUCUUCUCUUCUGGCAGUUCACCCAGUUCAUAUUCUUCACUCAGACCUUCAUCUUCUUCAUCAUGGAACAACUCUACAUCAUAGACAACAAGUCUCUAUGCGUGUUCCUACACGCGCACUUUUGCGGCUUACACACUGCAGUUUUACUGCUCCAAGGGAACGACAUGCUAAAAACGUCCUUAUAUACAUCGUUUUUCAUAUCAGUGUCUGUUUACAGUUUGCUCUUAAGUAAUUUAAGAGUUAAGGUCGAAAAUCGCGUGGACUUGUUCGUGGAAGCGUGGUUGGUGUUUCUGAGAGUUUUCAUAGCUUUAUUUGCGUCUUUGUACGUGAAAAAGAUCAUAAGCGACUUCAUGGGCGCCGAGGAAGACUCGCACAUAUGGGAUUUGUUGUUUUCGAAAUUUAAUAGUGACUAUAGCAAUUUUCAUACUAUGUUGUAUACUUGUUCGGAGGUGUAUGACUUUUUGCCUUUAAAGACAGUGCUUAAAUUGUGCAAAACUAAUUUGAUACCUAUGGUAUUGUUCAGUGUUAGUUUAGUAGUUAAUUAUUGGAUUCAAAAUGCUUACCGGAGAGAGAAAGAGAUAGUAGAAGAGGUAAAGAAAGAGAUGCAAGACGAUGAGGAUAGUGGCAUAGAAAACAACGCUGACACAAAAUUAAGAAAUAGAAAAGGUUUGAAGAAUAUCAAAGACUUGGACGUUAUAGACAGUGAAGUCAUAGACAAUAGAGAGGAGACUAAAGACGAAUUUGUCGAGUUUGUGAAGCGUUUGAAAGUAGAACCGGAUGUGUUUUACUGCGUCGCCCAAUUGGUUGUUUAUGGAGUAAUGGCGACGUUAGUGAUGCGACUCAAGUUGCUGUUCGUGACGCAACUCUGCAUUGUCUCUGCUCUACUGGUCAACACUAAGUAUUUUAAUGUUUUGCCGAAGGCUAAAAAGCGGUUAGUGAAGAUGUUGCCAGCUUUGUGGGCCGUUUUGGCAGCGCCAUUACUCUACGCGCUCUUCAACAACAUCAGCCAUGAGUUGUCUUACGAAGGCGAGUUCAGUGACCCUCAACUAGAGGAGUUGAUCCUAUGGGUGCGCAAUAACACAGUAUCGGGCGCGGCGUUCGCGGGUUCGAUGCCCGUCAUGGCCGCCAUCAUGCUGAGCGCUAGGAGACCCAUAGUGAAUCAUCCGCAUUACGAACAUUUGGAGGCCAGACAACGCGCGUACGCCGUAUACAAAGCGUAUGGAAGAUUCACUUCUCAAGAGUUGUAUCAGGAGCUGUCUCAGCUCCGAGCCUCAUAUCUCGUCAUGGAGAGACAUUACUGCUACGGGAGAAGCAGUUUGAAUUGCACAUACGAGUCUAUAUGGGACAAGGAGCGGCCGGAUCUAUCCGACCGACCAUCGUUAUGCCGAGUGCUGGACACUACGAGAGUAGACCAUUUCUACCCAGUGUUCAAGAACCAUCGAUACACGGUGUUCAGAGUACAUGAUAUGAGUGUGCAAUAUAUGCCUCGCAGCUUCGACACCUGACACAUGCAGUCCGCUCCGCCACUACGCGGCCAUUCCAUCCCACACUAGUGAGCAAACCAUUCCGGAAAAAAUCGGAAAAAUUCCGAAAACUUAAAAAAAAAAUCGGGCAACAUUCGGAAAUUAUACGGAAAUUUUCAGAAACUCUUUGAAAUAUUAAAUAUGUUUCGCAAGCCAUCUUCCGAAAAUUCUAUUGAUUCCCGGAUGGUUUUCAAUAGCUUAUAGUCUUAGAUUUUAAUGAAAUUAUUUCGGAAUAUUUUGUUGUUUGUUUACAAGAAAUUAGUCUGAUCUCUUAUUUAGAACAUAAAUAUUAUUCCGGAUAUAAUCCAGGAUUUUCUUAGAUUUAGUUAGGUAGGCAUAUAAAUAAAUAAAUGAAACAUCAUGUAACAUAUUGUAAUGUGUAAGAUAACUUUUACUUGUUACUUAAAUACGAAAACUAAGCAUUUUGUUAACACAAUGCCGGCACUUCACUUGGCUAUUCGUGUUUGCUAUUUGUAAACUAGAUUACAGUCUGUCCUUUUCGUUGUUUAAAAAAUCAUCAUAAGGACAGACUGUUGUCAAGUCUACAAAUAGUAGAUACGAAUAGCCAAGCGUAGUGCCAGCACUAUCAGUGAUAGAAACAUUUUAUGUCAAAAUUAAAAAGUCCGUGAAAAGCUGCAUUUUAAAUUCUAUCGAGUAGUCAAAAAAAUGGCCGAUGAAACAAUACCGGGUUUUUGGCGGGAUUUCAUAGUGUGCGUGUGUGUGUGUGUGUGUGUGUGUGUGUGUGUUGGUGUCAUAUAUUAAUUAUUCUUGAAAUUCGUUCAUAGUGGAUAAUGCGAAAUAAAAUUGGUGUGAUUUUGUGUUACAAUCGUCUGCGCAACUGAAGAAUUAGUGGAAUCUUUAAAAUAUACUCUAUUCCGGUCAAGUGGACGUAAGAACUUUAUUGUAGUGUUGACUAGGUAGUUCCGAUAAGCUUCUGUGACCUCACAGAUACAUUUGAAACCAAUACAAUCGAGCCAACUCGAUACAUUUCGUGCCAAACACUCCGAGUAACAUUAGAAUGAGUCACACCAACAUUCUAAUGUAAAAAAAGAAGAUUCAAAUAACUUAAGACUUGGCUGUAUGGGCAUUGUUCCCUUUGCCUUCCCCGAAAAGGGAGAAUCCUAAAUAAAAAAAAUAUGAAACAAUACCGAGUUUUUGGCGUGAUUUCAUUGAGUGCGGUUGGUGUCAUAUUUUUAUUAUUCUUUAAAUUCGUUCAUAGUGGAUAUUGCGAAAUAAAUUUGGUGUGAUUUUGUGUUAGAAUAGACUUAACGGAACAAGAAUUAACGGAAUCUUUAAAAUAUUCGCUAUAUCGGUCAAGUGGAUGUGAGAACUUUAUUAUAGUGUUGACUACUUCACAGAAGCUUGUCGAGAAAGCUGACUCGAUACAUUUCGUGCCAAACACUCCAAGUAACAUAAGAAUGAGUCACACCAACAUUCUAAUGUAAAAAAGAAAUUCAAAUAACUUAAGACUUGGCUGUAUGGGCAUUGUUCCCUUUGCCUUCCCCGAAAAGGGAGAAUCCCAAAUAAAAAAAAUAUGAAACAAUACCGGGUUUUUGGUGUGAUUUCAUCGAGUGCGGUUGGUGUCAUAUUUUAAUUAUUCUUUAAAUUCGUUCAUAGUGGAUAUUGCGAAAUAAAGGUGUGAUUUUGUGUUAGAAUAGAAUUAACGGAAUCUUUAAAAUAUUCGCUAUAUCGGUCAAGUGGAUGUGAGAACUUUAUUAUAGUGUUGACUAUUUCACAGAAGCUUGUCGAGAAAGCUCACUCGAUACAUUUCGUGCCAAACACUCCAAGAAACAUAAGAAUGCGUCACACCCGCAUUCUAACGUAAAAAAGUAAAAUUAAUACAAAAAUAAAACGAUGGCCGCAUGGCUUUGCCUUUCCCAAUAGGGAAGAAUGGAACUAAAAAAAAAUUAAACAAUACCCUGCCCCUCGUGUACGUGUACGUGUACGUGUUGUACACAAAUCAUCCCCGCGCGGAUCGGUCUUGGAAAGCAAAAACUUUGUUGAUGCAAACAAAUGUGUGUAGUGAAUAACGAUAUUAAACACCCUAGAUACACCACGAGCGCUCAAAAUGUGUCCCAAUCAAGAAGUGCUUGAACACGACUCAAGCACUUCUUGGUUCACAGUCACGCGCGGAUAGUUGAAAAGUCAAGAUGCCGCAGAGCUCCGUGAAAUAAUGCAAAAAAAUAAUACUUGUAGUAUGUAAAAUGUCGUUUUUUCGACAGGUAUCUAAUCAAUGUUUGUUAAUUUAACGCAUUUGAAGCAAAUUUUGUUCUAAUACUAAUAUCGUCGUUAUAAACUGAUUUAAUAGAAAAUAUUUGUGAUAUUCAAAUGCAUGGUCGAUUAUAUAGCCGUCUUUUUUCCUCGCGGUUAGUACCUGCUAUAUUUCUAACAGCGCAUUCAGAAUUGCGCGUAGAGUCAAAGAAAUAAGGUCUAUAUUCUUCCGCAUAUAGUAAUAAGUCGUAAAAAUUUACGAGCUUGCAUUUCAAACUGUCAUAACUCUUUGACGCAUGCGUUUUAAUUAAGACCUCAUACAGUAUGCAUUAAAGGUGACUUUUUUAAUGUUUAAAUAAUGCCUUAUAUUGUUUUUGACUACGCGAUCAUCUUACGGAGCUCCGUGGAUCGUCCAAUGUACCUUUUGGACAGGUUUCGGGCACGAUUUUGUUCGUGUUGGUGUAUCUAGGUUAAUUAAUAUUGUUGGUAGUGAAACAAAAGUUUUGUGUAGACUGUUUUGUUGAAAGUUGAUAUGUUUUCGUUGAUUAUUUAGAGUAAAAUACACGUUGAAGACCGCCUUUAUAGCCACCAGCCUUUGAGGUCUUCUGAGCUCCGCUCUAUUGACCGCGCUAUGGAUAUUGGCCCACGCCGACGUACCGUACAGUGCCAUACAUCUUAUAACCCCCACAAAUAGCCUUCGACAGCUAGGGUACAUGUCGUUAGCUCGUAUUCGGGAGCACGAAAGAUAUUACUCGAAUUCGGGCACCCGAAGCAAUAUUAACACGGGAAAACGGUGUCGGAUAAACAAAAGGAAAUCUAUCCGAAUACGGGCGUACUUGACUCCUUUCAUUUACACUGAGUCUUUUACCCGAAUUCCAUUGGUACUCGUAUUCUGGCUAGCGACCAAGUGAAGUUGCGCCAUAUGGCAACAACAUUCCCAGUACUGUUGCCGCAAACACCAAUUCAAACUCAUUUAUUCAGUCUAGACUGUUACAAGCUCUUGUGAAAGUCAACGCUACGCCAUCGGUUCGUAAAUCUACGACGGGAGACCUUGUACUGAGAAGAACCGGCAAGAAACUCAGCAAGGGCUAUUGUUUUCUCCCUGUUUUGUUUCAUACAGUGACGUCAAUUGAAAGAUGACAUCAGAAAUCUCAAGGGCCAGUAGUUUGAAAUGGUUGUCGAUUCUUCCGUCACUUCAUCGUUCUAGAACCCGAAAUACCUCGUGUACGGCUUUAUUUGUACCAUCUGUCCGUCCACUAGGACCCUCGCGCAUCUGGAUGCCUAUAGUCCAUUUUUUUAUCAUCUAUGAAAGAAGAUUUUUUAUUCACUUUUUCCGAACUGGUUGUGAAUUAAUUUUUCUCAUUUUCAUAACUGGUUAAAUGUGUUUUAGUUUAUAAAUCGAGAAAUAAAACUAUAUAAUUACGGACAUUGAAUAUUUUAUUGAGAUUUUCAUAUAAAUGGUACGUCUUACGCUUCCCGCCAUGUGCGAUGCAUCGCUUCAGUACGCAGUAUGCCAGCACGAGAAGAAAAAUGAGGCAUACUACAUCCAUCAGCAUUUCUGUUCUUGUGACGCUGCUUGACGUUUCUGCGUUCCCGCCACUUGCGGCUGCUUGGCCCUGGGAGUCCACGAUAUUUCUGUUCUUGUGAUUCUGCUUGACGUUUCUGCAUUCCCGCCACUUGUGGCUGCUUGGCCCUGAGAGUUCACGAUAUUUCUGUUCCUGUGAUUCUGUUUGACGUUUCUGCGUUCCCGCCACUUGCUACUGCCUGGCCCUGGGAGUAUUUCUGUUCUUUUGAUGCUGCUUGACGUUUCUGCGUUCCCGCCACUUGCGGCUGCUUGGCUCUGGGAGUUCACGAUAUUUCUGUUCUUGUGAUGCUGCUUAACGAUUCUGCGUUUCCACCACUUGCGGCUGCUUGGCCCUGGGAGUUCACGAUAUUUCUGUUCUUGUGAUUCGGCUUGACGUUUCUGCGUUCCCGCCACUUCCGGCUACUUGGCCCUGGGAGUUCACGAUAUUUCUGUUCGUGAUGCUGCUUGAAGUUUCUGCGUUCCCGCCACUUGUGGCUGCUUGGCUCUGGGAGUUCACGAUGUCUUUGGAUGAGUAGCUGCCCAUGUUGUAGUUGGUUUUGUUCGCUAUUUUAUUAAUUACAUGCUGUAAUUUAGAAAAUUAAUGAAUUGCAAAAACGGACGAUGGGUUGGACUAUUCGACCUGACUUAGUAACAUACGUCGGUGUCGAAUACGCGUUAUCGCCGCGCGGUUCAGCGAUUCAGUCCAUUUUUUUGCAGGCGAUGCGUUUUUGAUGUCGUUACCCUCCUGAGCUAUGAACGCUGGUUUCAAUAUAUUUCGUGUUUUUCCAAUACUGGGUAUGGGCCUUCAUACGGUGCUACUAAUGUCUUCAUACGCCACCCCGCAGGGGGGGGGGGGGGAAUAUUCACCUUCGAGAGUAGUUAGUUAAUUUCGAGUAGUAUUUAUUGGUCCGAUGGUCGGAAGGGAGCAUCGUUGUAUAGCACCUGCCCUGUUGUGUUAUUGGUGAGAGAAUUCCAGCUCGUAUGCUUGGCGUUGAGGUCUCCGGCUAUGAUGGUAGGGUGCAAGAGAUCACGGAGCUCCUUGACGUCUUAAGGGCUGGUGGAGUGGUCUAUAUGCUGCAUAAAAUCGGGUUACCAUACCUUGAAGCUUGACGUCAAUCCCGAGAGCGUACAGGGACUUUAGCUUCGCUAUUGGGGCCGGCUGGUGAAUGACUCUCCUAUGUACCAGUGUCAUCAGGCCUCUGUAGGUGCGCCCUUCUGGCGUGGACUCAUCUUGCCUAUAUGUGAAGUAAUUACGAACACUGAAGUUAGUGCCCGGUUUGAGUAAAGUUUCGCUCACAAGUGCUAUGUCAACGUCGUGCUCGCGCAAAAAAUGCGCAAGCAAGCGACGCUUACCUGUGAGCGACUGUGCAUUCCAGUGCACCACCUUCAGUGUCCGUAAUUUUGGACCGUCGUUUGAGCGGAGCAUAAUUGGAGUUGAGUUGUCAUCAUUUUAGUGAACUGCUGGAUCCAAGCAGGUUCAGUGUUCAGUCCGGGUGUUUGAUCAGUUAUGGGGGCGGGGUUUGAGUCCGCUGCCGCCAUUUUGGGGGCGGGUUCGAAGAGGGUGGUGCCCUUUCCACGUUUUCUCUUCCUGCGGCGGGUAGAUUUAUUAUCCGUCGUCGUCGGGGGUAGUCUUGGUUUCGGCGCAUUUGCGGGGGCCAUUAAUGACGAGGGAGCUGUCUCACUCACCUCAUUUGGUAUUAUUGCCGCUCUCGUAAUGGGAUCGGAGACGGGGCCAGUCUUGGCCACCGUACUCGCUUUUUUGUUCCGGGCUUCUUUUUUUGUGGGCUGGGCACGACGUGUGGUUCGCAAGUCCAUAAAAGGAGUCGCCUCCACAGUUCGCGCAGGUAGCAGGUUCGGAGCGCGGACGGGGGCAGUCAGCUGCUGCGUGGGGCUCACCACAACGGACGCAGGCCAAGGGCCGGUGGCAUCCUUUUGAAGAGUGCCGAAAGCCCUGGCCUGUGGCACUGCGCCGGUCCUCUCUCCACGCCUCAAUACAUGCUAAGCAAUUCUGUUACAUUAUAAAUAUUAGGUAUGAUACCUGGUGUCUGUUGCAGGGAGGCGAAGAAAAUGCAUCCGGGUCGUCCUGCUCGUGCCCGGAUACGUUUUGCGUGCCUAACGGUGAAGCCCUUAGAGGUUUGGGCUUCUUGGAUCUGGGUCGGUUCUGUGUGGUAUGGUAGGUCUCUAAUCGCUACCUUCACGCUCCGUCCUUCCGGGAGGGCAUAGGAGUACCAACUCACACCGGCUUGUACUUUGUCUAAAGUACGCCUGUACGAGUCGUUACUCCUCUCCAUCCGCGGGGGAAAAGCGCACUCCCAUCCCAAAGGGCCUGGCAUUCUGAGGGUGCCCCAGCUGUUCGUGCAGGGCCUUGAAGUGGCUGAUUCAGUCGGGCAUCUUCUCAACUACGAUAGGGGGAUACUUGCGUUCUCUAGGGGGCUGUUGUGUUGCGUCUGGUUUGGGUGCCGGAAUCGAUGUCGUUUGCUUGGACGACAGGUGGGCUGGCAUCGUAGACGAGCUUUCGGGAGCUUUUGUGGGUGGGGCCGAGGGCGUGGUCACUGUCUGUGAAUAAGUUAUUGGAGGGUAGUUCGAAAAUUGUACCUGCGGCUCUCUGCACGGUAUAGCUACGUUACCAUACCCUUUUUCUGAUGAUGUUUUUUUUCCGUCGAUUGGGGGAGAGAUGUUUUGAUGCGUCUUGCUGGGUGAACCCGUUGGGGUUGCGGUGGCACGGGUGUGGAUGCCAUGUCUCUCGAUGCCGGCGUGGUUGGCAGCGGCGGCGUGUUGGUUCUGUCGUCGCUACUGAGAGAGCGGUGCAGUCGCGGAUCACGCGGGCGGCAUACUCGCUUGACCGGAGUUUCGGGCGGCGUUUCUCGUGGUCGUUUUCCAUACGGGCCGUACCAGGGGACGUCCGGGUGCGGCACCUCAACAGGCGAGCUACAUAUCGCCUGGAGCGCCUGCAUCGCCAGCUGGUCUGCGGGGCAUACGCAAGGAGUUUUAACGGAUUCUCGCUCCAACAGCCGAGCAUAAGUCGCCAACCAACGAUUCAUCCUAUCCGACAUUAGGCCGGAUUGGAUGAUCCGAGUCACCAUCACUGCGUCAAUUCAUAUUUGGCACUACGCGUUGGUGUCCCCUCCAUCCUGGAGGAUUCGCUGGCGGCUCCCUCGGUUGUUGCAGCGGGACUUGCGGAGGGUAGGUUGUGAUGUGGUUUGAGGGUAGGUGGUGUUGCGAAAGCGUCAUCGGUGCUUGUCGACGGUAUUCGUGGCGGAGCCGAAUGGUGUUUCGACGACUGUAGGGACGUCGGGUGAGCCAGCGAUCGUGCUGCUCCGCGGCUAAGAGGGAGAGCGGUCCCCGCUGGCCAAGGAGCGGCCAGGCAAGGUUCGCCUGCACUUAUUACACAAUAAGCCGGGAACACUUUGUUUAUAGAACGGAUCCGUGCGCGAUUAAGUCGAAAAAUACUUUUGGCUGAUGCGGUCCACAUGUACGACCCUGUUUCGGCCCGACUUUUAUAUGCGCGUGCUUAGCUGGCCAGCGAUCCAUUACCUCACCCCCGCUUUACUUUAUUAUUAAUUUAUUUAUGAUAUAUAGUAUCCGUAGCUUAAAUCUAUAGGUAUAUACGUGGGGCUUACAAAUUAGCAUAUUUUUAGCGCAUUUGCGCGGCCGAAAUCAUUAUAAUUUAGCUGUGGCGCGCAAAAAAUGGUGUCCGCGAUAUUUAUAUCACGCCCCUCCAUGGGCCUCCGCCCGCUACAAGUCUGUUUUCCCCACCACGCGCUUCUCGUGCGUUGCGUGGGGUGAGUCUUUAGCGCGUUUCAUACAAAUCGGUUUAUCCUAUUUUUCGGCAUAUUUCUAUAUUUAUCGUUCUGAAACCUGUUUAUUUAUGUAGUCCUACGUCUUAUUAAUCGAAUCCAAUAAAUUUCUAAUAGGAUUAAUCUUAUACAUUGGCUUUAUAGCCCUACAAAGUUACAAAACUAAAAGGUCUCUAUAUUUUUUGCCAUUUCUUUUUCUUUACAAUUUCGAAAUUAUUUUAAAAAUAAUCAGAACUACUUAAGUUCGCCAUGUAUUUUUUCUAGUUAUUAUAGGUGCAAUGCAAACUAACUUGCGUCUCGAUAUAAACGACGAUAAAAUCAUAUACUUACUUAGAUUGCCACCAGUACCCUUAGCACGAACCAAUAUCGAAUUCGAAUAGUUUGCAAGUCCGAAAUGUCAUUGUCAAAUGUGUACUGAUUUUGAGUUCUCGUUACGUCCGUUCUCGGCGCUGCUGUUCAGGUUUCCAUACAAAAUUUGACAAUGACAUUUGGGACUCGCAAACUAUUCGAAUUCGAUAUUGGUUCUUGCUAGAGGUACAGUAUCCCUAAGGGUACUGAUCUCUAGCUACAAAGUUAGCCAGAUGAAAAAUUAAUCUAUAAUUAGCUUUGUCCCGGGUCUGGGUGAUUCAGGUUUAUGCAGUAGUUCUUAUCUGACUAAUUUAGUACUUUUUAACUGAGUUAAGGGCAAUUUAUAUUGUAUUGUCGAAUGUUAUUAUAUUCAUAUAUUAAGGUUAGUUUUUAUUUUAAUUAAAGCCAUUUGAAAUUUUAACAAAAAAUAAUAUUUUCUAAAAGGUGGCGAAAUUAUUACACCAUGUUCCUAAUUGUAAUUAUGAAUAUGUGUUCUUAUCUUUUAUUUAUGAAUGAGAUUGUAUAUAGAUAAUAAAAUAUUAUUUUUAUUACUAAAUAAAAGUUUGAAAAUCAA